UCUGUGCAAGAAUAGCGCGUUUUCUCCCAGUAACAGCGCAUAGGGAAUACAAGAGCGGUGUUCCGGGCAGGAAAACGGUGGGUUUGGAGUGCAUGGCCACCCAUUUUAACAUGAGGCUCACCGCUGCUGACGUCACCGAGCCGUCUUUGUCCACCUAAUCCAGGCGGCUGUGUAUUACCCCUUCAUUACCACACAGACCCAGGCUCCGGACAUAGCCUGCAGGUAACGCUUCGCCAUAGAAUUAGGGAUAGAUAAUAACAAAUAAUAAAAUAAUUAUUGUAGCGAGGAGACAAACCAGUGCUCCUCCUCGGACAUAUAGACAGGGAACGCCACAAUAACCAACCAAAGGCUGCCAGAGGCUAGAGAGGAGCGCAGAAUCCAUCCAUCUGUCAGCCACUUAGGACCAGAUCACCUUUCCAGUCCGGAUUUCACUGCAGCUGUCUAGCUAAUAACACCAGGAAAAUGUCUGCCCCAGCUGGAGCUCCUGCACCAGAGGGAGGAAGUCAGGCCCCUCCCAACCUCACCAGCAACCGCCGUCUGCAGCAGACGCAGGCACAGGUGGACGAGGUGGUGGACAUCAUGCGUGUAAACGUGGAUAAGGUUCUGGAGCGUGAUCAGAAGCUGUCAGAACUGGACGAUAGGGCUGACGCCCUGCAGGCUGGAGCCUCUCAGUUUGAGACUAGUGCUGCAAAACUGAAGAAUAAAUACUGGUGGAAGAAUGCCAAGAUGAUGAUUAUCCUGGGUGUGAUAUGUGUGAUUGUCCUCAUUGUCAUUAUUGUGUACUUCAGCACCUAAGAAGAGUCACUCCUACCCCAGUCUGAUCCAGGCUUCCUUGCUACAGAUGGAAACCCUCUAAUUGAAGACUAAAUUAGCCAGAGAUUUUUCAUUUAUCAUAUGUAGGUAAAUCCCCCCUAGCCAGCCUCGAUAUAACACCCCUAAACCCUUCAGGGCCCCAUGGCUCCCCGACUUCCACGACUUCGCAUUUGGUCUGGACUCCCUGUCAAUAUUUGUCCUGUGAGUGUGUGACCCUGUCUACUUCCUGGGUACUCUUGGCUUUUUCUAACCUGCCAUUCUGAGAACCAAGCAUCUGUUACAAUGCAACAGCAGAAACGGAAACGAUUGGCAAAUCAUUGUUAAAUAACUAAUAUAUAUACAGAUCUUUGUAGAGUUUUAAUCUAAUAUAUAUGUAUAUGUACAUACAUAUACAUAUAUAUGUGUAUAUGUAUGUAUACUGUUUUGUAAGUGUGUGUGUGUGUGUGUGUGUGUGUGUGUGUGUGUGUGUGUGUGUGUGAGUGUGUGUAUGUGUGUGUGUGCAUUUUGUACUUUUUAUUUUUUGUAUAAUUUUACGUAUGCUUUAGCGUUAACUACUUUCUAUUAAUCCGAGUGUGUAACCUGCAUGCUCUCAUCACCCGCCCACCCCCCUGAGGAUUCUGCAUCUACUGGAUGUGCAUCGUCACACAGUGGAGGUGGUCCCCGUCUAAUUACUGGCAUACUGAUAUUUGCAUUUUUCACAUCCAAAAAAAGACAUGCCAGAGAAGUGCAACAGAAAAGGCACAGGUGCUUUGAGGGUUGUAGAAGUUGAAGCCUUGCAAGACGCUCUAGGUUUCUAUAACUUUACACCAACAAAAGAUACGUUUUAGUUUCUCUUUUAGCUCCUGGACAUCUGUGAAACAUGAAGACAGAGCAUGACUUGUGAAGCUGAGCUUGAGUAAUCGCCCUCUCGUUAUCUGAGCGAGAAUUUUUGUUUUCAAAAUCUCCCAGGAUCCGUCCUCUUUCUCUCUGCAUGCUUUCGACGCCUCCCGAUUCCUCGGAUAACUUUAAACUGCCAUAGUACCGUUGGACCAAUGUCUGUAGAUGUUUAUAAUUUUGUUUAAAUAUUACAUAGUGUCUUAUUUCGAAAACAUUCCUUCAUUGCAGUCUAGUGCAAUUGCUCUUACUGUAGCACAUAUGAGUGUAAGAACCUUAAACAACAACAAAAAACAACAAGUGAUGAAGCUUGUGUCAGUGAUGAGGAAGAUGUAGGAAAUAAAAGAAGGUUUGCUAUUGGAUAGACUGGAUUAGAUGGUUAAUCUAUCCACAUUUCAACUUACACUUUGGGUUUGGAGAUCUGUUCUGACACCAGGAAUUAGACUGGUUCCAUUGAUAGUUUCACUAAAUUCCUACUGAAAGGCCUUAGUUUCUUGAUGUCUUUUAAGUUCGUUUCCAGUCAAGUGCACCCCUCGCACUUUUGAGUUUGUGUAGGAGGAGCGUCUGACUGCAGGAAUCUGUUAAAGACGUACAAACAUGUCUUGCUUUUGAUGGCGCUGUCCAGCUGUUCGAGCCCAGCCAAAGGAAACACCGGCGCGACUAAACGUCUCCACAUAAAGAGCACAUUCAAACGCUCCAAAAACACAUAAUGAUAAUGAGGAAAACUUCUCUGUACAGUUGAGAAACUUACAGCUUCAUUUGGUGAUAAGAAAUAGAAAAUAAACGUAGCAUUCGUAAGACGAGUGUUUUGCUGGUACACUGAUUCUAUCUCGGUGUUUCUUCUAGUUAAGGCCUUUAGUUCUAUCUUUCUUUUUGUUCUUUUUUUAAAUAGAUUCUAUUUUUAUUAUAGUGUAUUUUUGUGUGAAACAGACGAAGAGGCGAAGAGGAGGCGUGUAAUCACAAACCACGCUCUCCUCUUCGCUCCUGUCUGCUGUGUUUUUUGUAGUUCAGCUCUGCGUUACACACUGCCAAGCAUCAAGGGAGGCUCUUCUCCUCUUCUAUUUCCCUUCCAUUUGUACCUUCACUUUCACGUAUUUUACAUCUUGGCAACUUUGUUUGUGUACUUGUGGCUACUUGAUGACAUCUUUGGAUUUUCCAACAUGGGCCUUGCACACACAAGCUUAAAUCUAGAAUUCUUUCUGAAACAUUUGUGGAAAAAUUGAAUUAUCUUCCACAGAAGGAUUUCAGUCAGCUAUUCAGUCCAAUCUAAUCCUGCAAUCAGAACGUUUAAAACAAGAAUAAUAGAAACAAUAAGUGUGCAAAACCUCAUUUAUCCUCCCUGCCAGUUGAAUAGACCAACCUUUAUUCCUCUCACUGCUUCACACUCCUACUGCAUGCAUGUGUGUGUGUGUGUUAGAAUAGCUCUAACCCCAGUUUAUCCCAACGGAUUAGGCGGCUUAAAUCUCACAGCAAAGGCGGGUCGUUUCCUUGACCGCUGAAGUACAUGAACAGGAAGAUUUUAGAUCUGUGAACCAGUCCCGUCAGGCAAAAAUCAGUUUCCCCAAGAAAGUAGAGCAGAAGUAAACAGCAGACAAUUACCAAAGACCUGAUUUUUGUGCUUAAGCUGCCAAUUGCCAUCAAAAACAAAACCACAGAACUGUCCUUUUCACCUUUAGAAAGCUCACUUUUCAUAAUAAAAACAUAACGAGGACACACCAGUGUGUCCGUCUGGCUUGUGAGUGCGCCAUCGUUACAUAUGCAAAACACGGGGUUCAAAGGUUAAAUAGAAACUCCCCUCGUCGUCUUGUGUACCCGGCUGUGAGUAGAUUCUGUAAUCUGUUCAAAGUUAGCAUCCUUUAACUAAAUAUAGCACAAGUUCUUUUUGUUUGUCUCUGUCGUACUGCCAGGUUUUAAAUUAAGACUAACUAUAGCUCUCACACAGAGAGAAAAAUGUACAAAAACAAAAGAAAACAUAAAUAUUCUGCAUUGUUUGAUGUAGUAUGGGUGCAUUUUGGGGGGUAGGGGGGUCCUAUAUCCUCAGGUCUAAGAUAUCUGCAACUUAUGUACACACACACACACACACACACACACACACACACACACACACACACACACACACACACACACACACACACACACACACACACACACACACACACACACACACACACACACACGUUAAAAACCGUAUAUAAUAUGUAAAAUUGGGAUUCUUUUGGCAAUAUAAAAUAGGUAAAAGUCACCCUUUUAGCUAUAAAACAGAAAGUAAGUGUAAUAAUACACUGAUUGGGGUAGGACUUCUGUGUUAUCCAUAAAAAACCACUCGUUGUCCUCUUAGUGCUCAACCAGAUGGUGAAAAAUGAAAAGAGUGCUCUCUCUCUCUCUCUCUCUCUCUCUCUCUCUCUCUCUCUCUCUCUCUCUCUCUCUCUCUCUCUCUCUCUCUCUCUCUUACUUUUUUCCUCUUGCUUUUUUGUCUGUUUGAAACAGAAGCGUGCAAAAUAUUUGAACACCGUGGCCCCCCUUUUUUCCUUUUGUAAUUUUCUUUUGAUGAGAUGAUUGAGUGAGGAUGUUGCAUCAGCUUUGAGAACCGUUCAGUGAUCUCACCACUGCGUUCAGUUCUGUUCUGGAUAAGGGGGUCGAGUCAACAACAGGGAAUGGUGUUCAGACAUUUUUUAUGUAUGGAAAGGAGUGAACGCAGCAACAGGAGGGAACCUUAUGAGUCACUGAACGUUCUCUAGAUGGACGAUGUUCCACACGUGCUAACAAGAUUUAGUUUUUUUAACUAAAUGUGUUUUUAUUUUGCAACUGUUAACUCCAGAUGUCACUGAAUUGUUUGUGUCUGCAUUGAUGGGAAAAGAUAAAGCAACUGGAAAGUCAAUGAGGGUUAAAGUGGAAGUAUUUUUACUCUGAGUGAUUCUACAGUUUACAUUGGAUCGCUGUUUGUAUCAACAAGAUAUAUUUUUUGUUCAAAUCGGUUUAUUUUUAAGGGAAGAUUUCUCGUUUCUUUUUUUUUCUUCUUCUCAUUUAUCUAGAAGUAGAGUUAUUGGGAUGAAAGCCCACAUCGCCUCUGCUCAUCUGGCCUUACAGGAGGGACAGGACUGGAGGAUCAUGGGCAAUGUGCUUUGUUUUAUUUUAUUGUUGUUUUUAUUUAUUGAUAGAUAAAUGAGUAUGGGGUUAGAAACUAAAAGUCAAUUCAACACUAAGGAGAGAAGACUGAAUGGGAAAGUACAUGAAAUAAUUGUAGUGUAAAUCUAUCAAUGUCUUAUUAUAUUGAUGAACAUCAUGAAAUAUAUGUAUAUUGGAAAAAACAGUAUCUAUGACAACCUGUA